AUGGUUAUUUAUGCCUAUUAUCAUCCUAAGGUUACCGAGUUCAAACCAGUGUGUCCAAAAAGAAAAUUGGUUCCAAGAAAGUUGAAGUUGAAGAAGAAAAUUGAAUCCAAGAUAGAACAAACAUUGACGGAGGACCAAUUCGGUUUCAGAAAAAAUAUGGGAACGAGAGAAGCAAUACUGGCAUUGAGAAUAAUUAUUCAGAAAAGGAUUAGAAAGGAUAAGCAAACAUUUAUAGCUUUUAUGGACAUCGAAAAAGCAUUUGAUAAUGUGAACUGGAAGUUAAUGUUUAAUAUGAUGGCAAGAGUGGGGAUAAAACAGGAAGACAGGAAACUGCUGUAUAAAUUAUACAAAGAUGAGCUGGCUGUUAUAAAAAUCCAAGAUAACGUAGAAGAAGCGAAAAUAAAUAAAGGAGUUAGACAAGGAUGCACUCUAUCACCAAUUAUAUUCAAGAAGCAAUAG